AUAUAGUGAAGUUUUUAUGAUUAAGAAUGUCUGCAGCUCUUGUCAAUAACAUUCACUUUGAAAAUUGGUCUGCGAAUCAAGUUGCAGAUUGGUUGAAAGGUCUAGAUGAUGUUAUACAGCAGUACGUGGCACACUUCAAGGACAAAGACAUUAAUGGGAAAAAGUUGUUGCUGUUGACGCAUUAUGAUUUGGAAAAGAUAGGAGUCCACAAACUGGGGCACCAGGAGUUGAUCUUAGAAGCUGUAGACCUUCUGAGGUCUCUGCGUUAUGACUAUGAGACUGAGAACCUUCAGUCCCUGGCUCUACAGCUGGGUUGUAAGGCUAGAAGUCUGUUUAAUGAAGUCCAGCCACGUAACCUGGAGAACGACCCUAACAUGGCCAACAACUCCCACACAAAGCCACAUCACAUGUCUGUAGACACCCUGUCAUCUGUAGCUGACUUAAUUAUAACACUAAAGUGUGUCAUUCAGUGGUUAGACAGAGCACCAUUUGAGAAAAUCUAUGAUAUGGUGUUACUUCGCAAUACUUUGGUGAAGCUUGGGAUAGAUCUAAUAUCAGCCUGUCAGAAAGAUGUAUCCGACCCCAACCCAGAGGAAAAGAUAUCCACAGCUUGUCACAUGCUGGCUGACUACUGUGAUGGCCUGGUAGUCAACAAUACAGAGACCCUGGUGAUACAGCCCGCUCUACUGGAACAAGCCACCAUCCGCAAAAAACCAGGAGAGGAACUGGGUAUGAGAAUACAUUCAGCAUACUAUGGUGUGCACGUGAUUGGGGAAGUCAAGGAUAGGUCACCAGCUGGUCUGUGUGGGAAGAUAGAGAAAGGUGAUGAGGUGGUGCAGGUGGACCAGAAAACAGUGGUUGGUUGGCAGCUUCAGAGAUUGGUUGAUAUACUGAAGGAAAGACCAAAGGAAGUGCAUCUUCUUUUGAAAAAACGUCCUCAUCACAUUAGUCCGUAUGGUCAGCUUCCAAACAGACGUCACCAAAACACCAACCUUCACCCCCCUCAAGUCAACACCUUACCCUCCAAGAAGAGGAGAUCUAGAGAGGGGGAGCAUAAUAAACAGCCCAGACCCUCCCUCCAGGAAUUGUCCAGUUCUGUACCAACAGACGAUCUUUAUACAACAAGGGAGGAGAUAGUGACUGACGAAAAGGAUGAUGGGAAUGAUACAGACAGUGACGUCUUCAGGAGCGGAUCCGAGUCGCCCCAGUUCUCCCUUCCGGUGAUCACUGAUCCCAAACAGCGCCGCGCCACCGUCAGCGGCGGAUCGCCGACCCUCAGUCGCACUCUCCUGGGGAUAGAAGACCCAGACACGCCCACCAGACCGAAAUCGUUCACUGUGGCCUCGGCCGACUUACCGCCAGCUGAAUACAAAGACAUAAUGGGAGAAGACAGUAAUCUAACCAAACUAGGAAGUGGUAGUGGAAAGGCAGGGAACGCUCAGCAGAAGCGACAGGACUACAAGACAGGCAAGACCUCCCCGCAGUCUCUAGAGUUCACGGUCAAGAAACCGGUACCGAUUGUCCAAGAACCCAAGUCUGAAAUAUCAACACCAAAAUCAGCUAGUGAAGAACAACAGAAAACUUUCCAAGAUUUGUUAGAUCAAAAGAAAGUUCUAGACUUAUUAGAGGUACCCUCUAGAUUUCAAAAUCCAAACAGGCGGACAGCAGACAAUGUAGAGGAAGUAGAGAAACCAGAAUGUAUGUCUUCACCAUCAUCAACUGAUACCUUAACUGACCACUCCGAGAAGAAUGGCGCAGAGGAAGAGGCGGAUAGUGGACACCAAGUAAAAAGUCCAGCUAAAGAGACCAGCCCUGCUGAGAAUGAGCAGAAAGUUCCUAGCUCAAAGUCUAUUGAUGGUACAGACAGAAUUGAGGAGGAUACCACUCUUGAUACUGCUAUUCCAGAUCUCCACACUGAGAAUUCAUCUGGGGUAAGUCUGCACACAGUUGAGGCACAUUUGGAUACAAGUGAACUGUGGCCUUUAUCCCUGAUGCCUAAAACUGCUCCACAAAAUCUGGAUGCCUCCUAUGUUGAUAUGCGAAAACCCAUUAGAAAUAUGGCUUUUUCCUCUGUUGCUACCUCUACUAGAGAAAAGAGUGAACCUCAACUGAUGAAAAUUCGAAAAAUUGACUCUUUUAUAGAAGGAGGGAAUCGGAACAAAAAAGUCGCUUUUUCUGAGUCAACAAAACAGGAGGAAAAUGUCAGUUACAAGACAAUCGUGGUGGGCGGAGUAGUUCAGAAAAUCCCCGUCACAAAUGAGCCUGCCGUUGUCAUGAGACAUAAAAAGAAACCAAAACGUGUCGAUCGUCGAGUGAGUUGUAAGGAUCUUGGUACAGGGGAUUGUGAAGGCUGGCUGUACAAGAAAAGAGACAAAGGGGGUUUCAUGUCGGGACACUGGGUGAAGCGCUGGUGUGUCAUAAAGCAGUACAACAUGUACUUCUACAGAGACGUGGAGGAUCUGAAGGCAGAAGGAGUUUUACAUUUGCCAGCAUUUCAAGUUUCUCCUGCACCUGAAGUCAAAACCAAAAAAUUUGCCUUCAAAAUUCAUAAUGCUGGUACAUCAUUUGUUUUUGCCUCGGAGCGACAAGAAGAUAUGAAAAAAUGGAUGAAUAAGAUGGGGUUAGCUGCUAUAUCCUUCUCUCCUCCGAGGGUAAUCAAACAAGAUCAGACUAAAACCAAUGAAUAUUACAGCGAGAGUUCUGAUGAAGAUUUUCAUCCGUCUACAGCUAGCAGUAUGGAGUCACUUAACAGUGUAGGACAGAGCACCGAGAACAUGAUUACUAGUUCAGGAGAGAUUUCUAGGAGUGCAGGUGAUUUGACUCGCCUUAUGGAUAAUAUUCACAAGGAACAGCUUACUUUUGACGGCAAGGACAAAAGGAAACAGAGAACUAGCGCUAUAUUACCACAGGAAGGAUUAUCAGACGAAAUGUCUGCUGAUGGUAUAGAGAAACUCAAACGGAAACAUUCAUUAAUGCGAACAUUAAAGGCAAAAGAAUUGGAGCUUCAGGAAUUAGAAAAUCUACUUAAAAGUGAAAAUAAAAAAGCUCUCCUUCGUAGUUUUAAGGAGGAUCACCCAGAUGCCAUGUGACUCUAAGGGAUGCGCCAUUGUUUUCAUCGAGUUCUUCUCGCAGUUACCUUUGAUAGCAGGAUUGAAACCAAAAUUUUUUUAGUAAAAAAUGAAUUAAUGACUAUUAAAUUCCGGAAGGAAAACUAGAGAGAACCCUCCAUAUAAUGGAAAUGGCGGACAUUACGUUGAACAUUUGUAAUGGGAAUUUCCUUGUACAUGUACUUUUAAUUUCUGCACUUAAUGUUAAUUGGUCAAUGUGUUGUGCUUAUGUUGUUUUGUAAGUUUCCAUUUAGGAUUGUGAUAUAUAAAUAAACAUAUGUAAUUCUU